AUUUUUGACGUAUAAAUCAACACAGGAAGCAACAGCUGGUUAGUGGACCGGGCUAUACCCUAGAUAGAAUGACAACUCUCGUCGCUUUAAGUAUCGCAAAGAUACUAUGCACGAAUCAAGGAUGCUUAACUUUCAGACAGGUUGACCAAAACCUAAGGCAAAUCAUGACAGUUUCAAAAGAAGUGUUAUUUCGAGUACUUUCUGACAAGACUAAAUUUUUCAUAGUUCAGGGGGAGGAGAGUUCAUGUGAUUUAAACGGAAUACCUCCGGACAGUCUGAUUAUCGCGAAAACUGACCUAAGACUGUGCCAGGACCUCAAAUGCAGCAGCUGUGAAAACCUACAUCUGUGCAGAUAUUGUGUGAGCGGUCUGUGCAGAUUUGGGGCAAAAUGCAAGAAUCCACACACAGUGGACUCCCCAGCCAACAUUGCUAUUCUGAAGAGAGCCGGCUUAAGUGAACUGAAUAAAGAGCAGUUGUGCUGUCUCCUCCUCCAGAAUGAUCCCUACCUGCUUCCUGAGAUCUGCGGUCAUUACAACAAGGGCAAUGGAGAACACGGCUCCUGCAAAUUCAAGUCCAGCUGCACCAGUCUGCAUGUGUGCCAGCACUUCCUUUUGGGAGACUGCAAGUUUGGGGCCACUUGCAAGAGAGCACACACGUUUGAUGCCAGCAGCAUGAAGAUCCUGAACGGCAGAGGCGUCGGUCCAGAGAACAUUGGCCACCUCCAGCUGAUCUACAAGAAUCGACUGCUCCUCAGUGGACACGGGGCGAUACAGACUCCCCGUGUUGUCAAGGAGGCAGACAAACCGCCCCCUGCAGUCCGACAGCCGUCCAACACCUCUGUCAGUGAAGCAGACCGCAAUGAAAUCUGCCUCUACUUCAUCCGCCGCGGCUGCAGCUUCAAAGAUAAGUGUAUUCGUGUCCACCACCGUCUCCCAUAUAAAUGGCAGAUUCUGGACCGAGAUGGAGUGACGUGGACAGAUCUGUCUGAGCAGGAGGAAGUUGAGAGAGCCUACUGUGACCCAGCCAGUGACUCCAGUUUUGGGCCUCGCUCUGUGAACUUCCUCAACAUGACCUGUGCCGGCUCACCUGUCCGGCGCCUGUCCACUGCGUCCUCCGUCACCAAACCGCCCCACUUCAUCCUGACCACCGAGUGGCGCUGGUAUUGGAUGGAUGACCAGGGGGGCUGGAAUGAGUACGGGCUGGAGAGCGAUCCAGAGGGCCUCACCACUAUCACCUCUCAGACCUUGGAGAACAUUUAUCUGUCAGACGUGGAGGAUAAGAUCGACUUUAGCUCUGGAAGACACGGAUAUGUGCUCAACUUGAAGGGCAUGUAUCAGGUGAACACGAAGCACAAUACCAGGAGAGAUGUGCGGAGGAGACCUCACUUCAUUUCCGCACAGGAACUUGAGAAGAAACUGAAAAGUGGAUCCACAGAGGCCUCAUGUUCCUCCCCUGUAGACGUGCCAGCUCACUGGGACAAAGCAGCCCUGCCCAGCCACACCUAUAAGCUGGUUCCAGUGUCUUCUUCUUCCGGGGAGUUCCAGCGAGUGGAGAACCUGUUCAAGAGAACCAUGCAGAGGAGAACCAUCCACAGCAUCCAGCGUGUGCAGAACCCUUCGCUCUGGAGGAUGUUCCAGUGGCAGAAAGCCCAGCUGAAGGAGAGUGUGUUUUAGUAAUAGAGUGUACGUGUGUGUGUGUGUGUGUGUGUGUGUGUGUGUGUGUGUGUGUGUGUGUGUGUGUGUGUGUGCGCUGUGCUGUUCACCAGGCAGAAAGCCCAGCUGAAGGAGAGUGUGUUUUAGUAAUAGAGUGUGCAUGUGUGUGUGUGUGCGUGUGUGUGUGUGUGUGUGUGCGCUGUGCUGUUCACCUGGCAGAAAGCCCAGCUGAAGGAGAGUGUGUUUUAGUAAUAGAGUGUACGUGUGUGUGUGUGUGUGUGUGUGUGUGUGUGUGUGUGUGUGUGUGUGUGUGUGUGUAUGUGCGCUGUGCUGUUCACCAGGCAGAAAGCCCAGCUGAAGGAGAGUGUGUUUUAGUAAUAGAGUGUACAUGUGUGUGUGUGUGUGUGUGUGUGUGUGUGUGCGCUGUGCUGUUCACCAGGCAGAAAGCCCAGCUGAAGGAGAGUGUGUUUUAGUAAUAGAGUGUACGUGUGUGUGUGUGUGUGUGUGUGUGUGUGUGUGUGUGUGUGUGCGCUGUGCUGUUCACCAGGCAGAAAGCCCAGCUGAAGGAGAGUGUGUUUUAGUAAUAGAGUGUACGUGUGUGUGUGUGUGUGUGUGUGUGUGUGUGUGUCUGUGCGCUGUGCUGUUCACCAGGCAGAAAGCCCAGCUGAAGGAGAGUGUGUUUUAGUAAUAGAGUGUACGUGUGUGUGUGUGUGUGCGUGUGUGUGUGUGUGUGUGUGUGUGUGCGCUGUGCUGUUCACCAGGCAGAAAGCCCAGCUGAAGGAGAGUGUGUUUUAGUAAUAGAGUGUACGUGUGUGUGUGUGUGUGUGUGCGCUGUGCUGUUCACCAGGCAGAAAGCCCAGCUGAAGUAGAGUGUGUUUUAGUAAUAGAGUGUACGUGUGUGUGUGUGUGUGUGUGUGUGUGUGUGUGUGUGUGUGUGUGUGUGUGUGUGUGUGUGUGUGUGUGUGUGUGUGUGUGUGUGUGUGUGUGCGCUGUGCUGUUCACCAGGCAGAAAGCCCAGCUGAAGGAGAGUGUGUUUUAGUAAUAGAGUGUACGUGUGUGUGUGUGUGUGUGUGUGUGUGUGUGUGUGCGCUGUGCUGUUCCCCAGGCAGAAAGCCCAGCUGAAGGAGAGUGUGUUUUAGUAAUAGAGUGUACGUGUGUGUGUGUGUGUGUGUGUGUGUGUGUGUGCGCUGUG